GCUUGAACAGAGAAGGGUGCAACAUGUGAGACUGGCACUGAGAGAACAGUGAGAUGUGUGGCCAGGGCGGUAUGGAGGAGGGAUGCCGCUCUGCAUGCAUUAUGGCUCGAAAAUUGCUGCCCUGCACCUUCCUUUUGCUGGCAAUCUGCUCAAUUACAGGCAAAGCAGCUGCAACUCCCUCAGAGGCCGCAUCGCAGGCUGUUCUGUUGUCUGGGAAGGUUGCUUUGCUGUCCCCAAGUGACCAGGGUCAGCAGGUCACAUUGCCUGGGCGGGGGAGCUCAGCCUCAAGCAGAGUUGACGUGCAUUGCAUGAAGAUCGAUUUGCAGCCUCAAAAUUGGAGCUGGAAGGAACUAGUUUGGGGCACAGUGGAGGCCACAGUCUCAAUUGCAGGUACACUAGAGCGUGGUAGUCACGAAACAUCUUCUGCAGGAACUGAGCCUGGCCAUGCUACCACAGGACAGGCAGUGCAAUUGGAGACUUGGCAGCUGCGUAGCAAGUUCUCAAGCACAGAGCACACUGCAUUCUUCGUGGCGCUUGUGGCCCUGUCAGAAUGCAAUCAGGGUGCAGCUGUCAACUCGACAAUCGUCUACAAGGGACACGAAGGCGCCCCUUGCCGGCUCCCCGUCUCAUGGUUGCAACGCUCCUGCCUCUGCUUAGGACGGCUUCCCUACAGCGCAGAAACCUUAGGAAACCCUCCACAUUCUGAUCGUGCAACCCCAAGGGAGCAGAGUCUAGGAGCCUCGCCCUCGACAGUCUUUCCUUCGCAAGGUCCCCAGUCGACAGAACCUCGCUCAGCUUCCGCAGAGCACAGCUCAGACUCCUCUCACCAAUCUCAUAGCUCGCAUGAGUUAAAAGCCUCGCCUCUCGUUCUCCAUGCCAAGGCCUCCAUCAGAGUCCCUCAGCUGUCCAUGCUCCUCACAGCCAGUGGCCUGCUGGUCCUCUCCUCGGCAGAGCCGCUGAGCAGGGUUUCUGCAAUGCACGUUCUUCUAGGGGGAAUGCUCGGAGCGGGCCUGGCGCACGUUGGCGUCAUGCUGGCAAUUGCGGCGGUCCCCGGGGCUGUGGUGGCUUUGCCCUGGGUCGCUGCGCUGUCGGCCUACAGGCUGGGCAUCUGCGAAGCUUUGACCAUGCUAGUGGCAGGUUACGUCUACACGGUUGCGAUGGCCCUGGCGCUCCUCUACCUGUACACUCAGCAUUUCUCCUACGUCCAAGCUGUAUACUUGUUCGUCAUGUUUCAUGCCGCCCUAGCAGGGGCCUUGCGUGCGGAACCUUCGCGGAGUAUUACCCCAGGAGAAGCCCCCGUUCCCCCUCCACAAGUGGCGGCUAUUCUGGCAGAGGGGUCAGCCGGCCCCCCGGAACAGAGUUGGGUGUCAAUGUGGGUGCCGGGAAGAGGGGUCGUGCUGCAGCGGACGGUGUAUUUUGCCCUCCUUGCCUGUGGAGGGGCAAUGUUUGCUGGCACCACAAACAUCUGGCUCCACGCCGCCAUUCUGCGCGCCCACUCGUCGCACGACCUGCCCCUCUGGCUGGCCCUCUUCGUUGCGUCCGCCCCCGUUUUGGUAUUGGUGGGGCUCGAGAUCCACUGCAAGCUGCUGUCAGCCAUCCUCGGAACCGUGAUUUCGCUGCCCCGGGGGGUUUUGGCAGAGGGGGUCGAUCUGUUGCGCUUUGUGCGGAGGCGACUGGGGUACUACGUGCCAGGGGAAGCGAGGGGGGGGGGCAGCAGGUACCACCUUCGCCCAGUCCGCCGGGUCUUCUACUCCCAUGUCCUCCGAGACCAAGAACCUGGUGCAAAGUGGGGCCCCGAAAGAGACCUUUGGUUGUUGAGAAACGCUUUGCGGCGCAUCGGAUAUUGGCUGGCCGGGGUGAAGCCCCCGGUCACCGGACGAAGCCUGAGUCACCGGAGAAAGUGGGCCGGGCGGGGUCUACCGAGCAGUUCAGAAUGUAGCGAGAACGAAGUGUCGGGCGACGCGUCGAGCGACCCCACGUGGUCUCCAUCCUUCGAAGGCUCCGCCGUCGGCUAUAGCGCCGCUGUGGCCGCGGCAGCCGACGACGACGACGGGCAAGAAGCCAGCAGCGCUUUCCGAGAGCUGCCACGUGGCAGCGAACGGGCAGGCGAGACUGCGGGCAAAACGAACGCGCUCCGAGAAAGCGGCUCGGAGGGGCAUUCCGGGCGCAGGACUGAGAGCGAGGCGGCGAACGGCGGGCUUCUAGGGUUUCUUCGUGCGGGAAGCGAGCCGCGAAGCCCUUCCGAACGGGGGGACCAUCCAAGAUUCGCCCUCUUGGCACGCCGUUUGGAAGGAGGGGCGGAUGCCGGUACGGAAGAGGGAGCGGAACGAUACGAGGCUAGCCGCUCGGAGAGUGACGCCCCGGGCUGGGGCGCCCGAUUCUGGGGCGGGGUCACGUGCCGAGACGAUCGAGAGUUUGACCAGAACGUGAACGAGGAGCGGGGGGAAACCGGCGCGUUGUCAGGGGCAGGCGAAGAGUGGGACUGGCUCGCGGCCGAGGGUCUUACUCCUGGGGAGGCCUUGGCCGGGCAAAGCUGCCCAGUGUGCCUGUCACUGAGGAAGAACCUCGCCUUCGGUUGCGGCCACCAGACCUGCCAAAGCUGCGGGGCGGGGCUGGCCAAGUGUCCCAUAUGCAGGAAGAGGAUCUCCGUCCGGGUGCAUUUGUUCCACUGAUGUAAGCAUCUGUAUUCUAUGUAUAGCCGAUUUGUCGAUCGAGGCAGCAAGCAACUCGAGUUCUCGAGGGUCUCAGAUACAAACAAAGAGGGGAGGUUUGUUCCAGAAAGCAAGCGUAGCUCCAGUCGCAGUUGACGGAAAACAUAAAUGCAGACUUGUAUAGAAACCAGCUCGCCGAAUGUACAGGAGCACUUUUGCUAUGGUUCGCACAGAAGAGACCUUGCGCCAUGAUUUAGGAGUCAAAGGAGGACGCAACUCGCUUCCUUAGAAAGCGGUUGUCAUUGACAUAUACAGCCCCAGGUGUAUUCAAUCGUACAUACUUGCUACUUGCUGACCUGACAUAGUUUUUGCUCAAAUGUCUCGGGUUUAGGCUCGAUAAUCCCGUACGUUAACGAAGAACCAAGACCUCAGGAAACAAUCAAAGUAUAGGCCGCGAGACAUGCAGCAUUACACGAUGCCUGGUAUAGGCACCCACGCU